AUGUUGAUCAAGGUCCGAACAUUGACUGGCAAGGAGAUCGAGCUCGACAUCGAGUCAGACUACAAGGUCUCCCAAAUCAAGGAGAAGGUCGAGGAGAAGGAGGGUAUCCCGCCUGUUCAGCAACGACUCAUUCACGGCGGCAAGCAAAUGACCGACGACAAGACCGCCUCCGAAUACAACCUCGUCGCUGGAGACACUCUGCAUCUCGUCCUCGCCCUUAGAGGUGGACGAUGGCUAGCAUAA